AUGGCGAUGGAGGCGACUCCCCUCCUGACUCCAUACACGAUGGGUGAAUUCAACCUCGCGCACAGGUCUGUUAAGUAUGGCAAGGUUGUUCUUGCGCCGAUGACGCGGUGCAGGUCGUACGGGAACAUGGCCGAGCUGCACAACGUGCUGUACUACGCGCAGAGAGCGGCACCAGGCGUCGUGUUAAUUGCGGAGGCCAGUGCGGUGUCGGCGAUGUUCAUCGAGGACAAUGCUGCCAACAUGGAUAACAUUCGCCGGUUCACCACGGAGGUCAUCACCGCCGUUGCUGACGAGGUUGGCGCGCACCGCCUUGGCGUGCGCCUCUCCCCGGUAGCCGACUAUGACUCUGACCCCGAGGCGCUCCCGCUGCACGUGAUCCGCCUCAUGAAUGAUGUCGGUGCCCUCUACUGCCACAUGGUGGUGCCAAGGAAUGGAAUCCCGCGCAGCCUGCUGCCUUUCAGGAAGGCUUUCAAGGGCACCUUCAUCGUGAAUGGAGGUUACAACAGGGAGGAAGGGGACAAGGCCGUCGGCGAUGGCUACGCCGAUCUGGUCUCUUACGGCCGGCUUUUCUUGGCGAACCCGGACCUUCCAGAGCGGUUCAGGAAGAACGAAGGGCUGAACAACUAUGACACGGGCACCUUUUACACCUCUGAUCCGGUGGUCGGCUACACAGACUACCCCUUCCUUGCUCAGGGUCAGGAGACACAAGUGGCUACCUGAUUGACCUCCAGCCAGUUCUUGAUUCAGAUUGUCAAGCAAGCAUGCA